GCGGCGACUGCGAGUGGUUCUCCCUGACGGCGGCUGAAACAAUGCUUUCAUUCUCCCGGUGCCUGGGUGUUCCCUGAGGUCUGGUGUUCUAGGCUGGGUGAAGGGACGGGCGUGGGUGGCCUCUGAUCUGACUCUAUGGAGGAAGGAAGAGGCGACAAGUUCGAAGGCGUGAGCAUCGACCUCCUCAAACUGGAGUUACUGGAAGAAAUCCACCUGAAGUUGUCAGUUGUUACCUGUUGCCCUAGCUAUUCCUUUCUAUAAUAAUUUGCAGCUCAUUUGCCGGGCUUUGAGAAAACAGAUGACCAACUUCUGGGGUUAAAGUUAAGCGUAAAGGGUUUUUAGUGGUUACGUGGGGGGCUUUGAGCUUUAGUGCAUAGUAGUGUCCUGGACCCAGGUAAUCAGAAGCUGGCAUUUGCCUGAUUCCUGAUUCUCAGUCAUGCCUUCAGGAUAUAGUGCAACUCUUGGUGCUUGAAAUAAGACACAAGAAAGCAGAACUGGAAGCCAAGCUCAAUACUGACGAUGAAGGCAGAUGUAGUCUGGCGCUCAGUCAUCUGAAGUUUCAGCUGGGCUGGACAUUGCAAGAUGACUCACUCACGGCUGGCAGCUCAUUCUGGGUGUUGGCUGGGAUCCCAGCUGGGACUGCCCAUCAGAAACGGCUGCAUAUGGCUCUUGUAGCUUUUGCUUCUCACCACAUGGUACCUGGGUUCCAAGAGGCUGUGUCCCAGGAGCAAGCAUUCCAAAAGGCACAGUGACAGAAACUGCCAGGCCAGCUAAGAGCUACUCCCAGAACUGGCAGUGCCAUUUGCCCUAUAUUCAGUUGGUCAAAACAGACACAGAUUCAAGGGGAUGGAGAGGUGGUGAAUGGAAUGAGACACAACUUGAACUAAAUGAUCAACUAGAAAAGCAAAUUGUUUCUCUCAAAGAAAAAAUGGAAAAAUUCCGAGGAAUUCCUUCAGACAGACUGUCUUCUAUUCGUGUCUAUGAACAGAUGCCAGUGGAAUCCUUAAAUACAUUACUUAAACAGCUAGAGAAAGAAAAAAGGAGUCUUGAAAAUCAAGUGAAAGAUUGUGCACUGAGACUCGAGGAUGAGUCAAAGGCUUACCACAAGAUCAAUAGUGAGCGCCGGACAUACAUAGCUGAAACGUCUCAUGGCUCUGGCUCAUACCAAGUUUCUAAAAGGCAACAGACGGAUCAGCUGCCUAAAAUGAAGGCGAAUCUAGUGAAAACGAGAAGGUGUAAUUCAGUUACCCAGAAGACAGCAAAUGCCAUGAGAGGACCAGUAAAAAAGACUGCAAGAUCAAACCAUCUUCCAAAACUCAAUCUGUGAUUCCACACUGAGUGGUUUACUAUCUCCCCAUUUUUCAUAUGUAAUAUUCGACUUGUGAAGUUACUUAUUCCCCACACUUUUCAGGGAAUGAAAUAGAUAAGAAAGAGCUAUCACACUUCUCUUUAGCUCUUCUUCCAGAAGUUUGUUCCUUUGUCUGUAUAAAAGUAAUUUUCUCAAGUGACCUAAACUAAUAGCUUAUGAUUUUAAAAAUAUCCUAGAAAGCCUUAAGGUUGGCAUCAUUCCACUUGCCUUUACUAAUAUACCCAUGAUCUAAUCUGAUAGUAAGAUUGCUACUUUAUUUGGAUUCUAGUCGACUAUUAGUUAAAAAUGUGAGUUCAUCAAAACUUUUUGCUAUUUUAGGCUAUGUCAUGUUCAGCUUUUUAAAACUCAAAUUUUAAACAAAGGUGCAGAUUAGAUGAAUCUUAAACUUUAAUUUGAACUAUCAUGGUGUUGUGGAAACAGCUUUCAAUCAGGAAUAAGCUCGGUUACAGCUUCCACCCUGCUGUGAACUUAGGAGAUUUGGGGCAAGUUCCUUCACCUCAUCUUCAUUUCCCACAUCUGCAAAAUGACUGAGGUAAACUAAACAAUUUCUAAGGUUUCUUGCCAUUCUAGAAGACCAAUACUUGUUCAGCUACAAGGUCCUGCCACUUAGCACAUGGUAAUGUAAGUCGUUUUAUGAUGUUUAUUAAUUUAUAGUGAUGGCAUAGUUCUUUGGACCAAACUGCCAGGUGUUCACAUCACUCAAGUCUAGAGUGGAGAUAGAUGAGGGUAGGAGAAGUUUUAAGAAAUUAAACAUUUUUUUAAAUUCUCCUAUUUAUAUUUAGAUUGUUUUGUAACUGUCGCCUAGGUCUGGAACAUACAUCUGUUUAUCUCCCUGACUUAAUAAGUGAAAUUAUUGGACUUCAACUUUCCGGAAAUCACUCAGAGAGUGAUGGAGGCUGGUGAGGGAAUAUAAAGAACUGAAAUGGAGGACUCUCUAAGAUCUGUGCUCUAAUACCAAUUUUGCCACUUCUAAGCUUCUGACUCUGAGUAAAUCACUUUCCACUGCAUCGCUUUCAUUUAUAGAGCUGGGAAUAAACUGCAGUGCAGAUCAAAGAUAUAAAAACAACACCCAUAAGAUGAAAGAUAAAAGUAAAAGUUAAAGUUUUGCAAGAUUCCCAACUGAAAAAAAACUGUCUUUAAGCUUUAUAGUAAUCAGCACAAGAAAGAAUGAGUUAUUCAGCUCUCAUUUUUUUUGUAGAAGGAAUAUAUAAGUAGACAGAAAUUUUACCUAAUUCUAAGCUCUGAAGGAUAAUUUAUCAUGUAAAGUUUUAUAAGAAAAUUUAAUUAUUUACUGAAAUAACCAGUGCAAAAUUGAUAAUUUGGGGUCUUUGUUUAAUACUGAAAUGUGUAUUAAUAUUAGUAUUUAUUUUUUGAAGAGUUCAGAAUUCAUAAAGCAAAACAUUAGUAAACAAUAUUUAAUAUAUUUCAAACAUGUUAAUGUCUAAAUGUAUUACAAAAUGUCAAAAAUACCAUUUAUAAAAACGAAUGUUGCUAUAAUAAAAAAGACAGAUAAUAAUGAGUAAUAAUGAGGAUGUGGAGAAAUCAGAACACUCAUAUGCUGCUGGUGGGGAUGUAAAACAGCACCUUCACUUUGAAAUAAGUCUGCCUGUUCCUCAGAAGGUUAAAUAUAGACUUACCAUAUGACCCAGCAAUUCUACCCCUCUGUAAGCACCCCAGAGAAAUGAAAACCUAUGUCCACAUAAAAAUGUGUACACAAAUGUUUAUAGCACCAUUAUUUAUAAUAGUUAAAAAGUGGAAACAACCCAUAUGUCCAUCAGCUGAUGAAGGGAUAAACAAAAUGUGGUAUAUCCACACAAUGGAACAUUAUUCAGCAAUAAAGAGGAGUAAGUACUGACAUAUGCUACAACACGGAUGGACUUUGAAAACAUUAUCCUGAGUGAAAGAAGUCAGUCACAGGAGAUCACAUUUUGUAUGAUUCCAUUUAUAUGAAAUGUCCAGAAUAGUCAAAUCCUUUUAGACAGAAAGUAGAUUAGUAGUAGUUGCUAAAAUCUGGCAGGGCCAAGGGAAGGGUAGGUGAUGGAGAAUGGCUCCUAAUGUGUGCAAGGGUUUCUUUUUGGGGUGCUGAAAUGUUCUAAAGGUAAUCAUGGUGUUGGCUAUACAACACCAUGAAUAAACUAAAAAGCAUUGGAUUGUACACUUUACAUGAGUUAAUUGCACA